GGCUGCGGAGGAGGGUGAUGCACAAGCGGCCAAGUGAGAGCGAGCAGAGAGAGAGCGAGCGGGAGAGGAGCGAGCUGAGACUUCCACAGAGGCAGCCGGGAGGAAUCACCAGCCGGGAUUUGCUCCUCUCUCUCUCCCUCUCUCUCUGACUUCAAUUCAGCUCCUCCCCCGUGUGGUUGUGGCUUUCCCUUCCAUCAAAAGCCUGAUCAGCAACGCCAGUCUUGAGGAAAAAAAAAAAAAAAAAAAAAAAAAAAAAAAAGAGAGAGAGAGAAAGAAAAAAAAGAGGAGGAAAAAAAAAAGAGAGAGAGAGAAAGAAAGAAAAAAGUGCAAAAGAAGACAAAGAAAACAAGGAGAAAAAAUCUGGGAAAAAAAAAAAGCAGUCUCCCCCCUGGCUGCACCAAACACAGCAGAGUCUGAAACUUUAUGGAGUUCUUGCUGUGUUUACCCCGCGGUGGGUAAAUCGGCAGCACCCUGCUCACUCGCUCCUUCCUGCUCUUUCUCCCUCGCACUCAUCAGCAGUCAGCAGCGAUGGAAAAAGUUGCUGGCUGGUACCCAGCCUGGCACGUUGCUCUCCUUUACUGGACAUGGCUUUUCCUCUUCACUUUCGGCUUUACCGGUGCAGAAAUAACUUGCAGAUCCUGCCAUUCCCAGGUGAAGCCGCAGCAUCAACAUCCGCAGCAAGGAUUACUAAUGCAUUUGAGGACCGACAGAGGAGAAAAGGACCAGAGGAGGUUCCCGGGGGAGAAGAAAGGUGAGAGAGGGCAAGGGGCAGGGAUGGAUGCGGAGGAUGCCGGGCUGCAAGCGCCCCUCGACCCUGCUCUCUUGGGAGCCAACAUCAGCGGCUGGGAGACCCGGACCUUGACGAGGGAGCCCGACAAAGUGGCCAGGGAGAGCCGGCCCGGAGAGGCGGCGGCUCCUGCGGGGGACCAUCGCCGCCGGGGCCAGGGGUCCUCCCCGGUGGGCUCUCGGCGGGGCUCGGGCCGGCGGCGGCGGGGCCGCAGCCCCCGGGGCACCGCGGGGCCAGGCGGAGCCGCGGGGAGGGAGCCGGGGGGCUCCGGCGCCGCCCGCUUCGGGCUGGAGGAGCUGCGGCUGGGCAGCACCACGUUCGCCCUCACCGGCGACUCGGCGCACAACCAAGCCAUGGUGCACUGGUCCGGCCACAACAGCAGCGUGAUUCUAAUUCUGACAAAGCUGUAUGACUACAACCUGGGAAGCAUCACAGAAAGCUCUCUUUGGAGGUCAACGGAUUAUGGGACAACAUAUGAGAAACUGAAUGAUAAAGUUGGCCUGAAGACUAUUUUGAGCUACUUGUAUGUUUGUCCAACAAACAAACGUAAGAUUAUGCUGCUGACUGACCCAGAGGUUGAGAGCAGUUUAUUGAUUAGUUCUGAUGAAGGUGCCACCUAUCAAAAAUACCGUCUUAACUUCUACAUCCACAGUCUGCUCUUCCACCCAAAGCAGGAAGAUUGGAUCUUAGCAUAUAGUCAAGAUCAAAAGUUAUUCAGUUCAGUGGAGUUUGGCAGAAGAUGGCUGCUUCUUCAUGAGGGAGUCGCACCAAACAGGUUCUACUGGUCUAUGAUGGGGUCCGGUAGAGAGCCAGAUCUCGUGCACCUGGAGGCAAAGACAGUGGAUGGUCAUGCCCAAUACAUCACCUGCAAGAUGCAGAACUGCAGUGAAGCCACUCGAAGCAAACCCUUUCCAGGCUAUAUCGACCAUAACUCCCUGAUCGUCCAGGAUGACUAUGUCUUUGUUCAGUUGACAUCGGGUGGACGACCACAUUAUUACGUUUCUUAUAGGAGGAAUGCAUUUACACAGAUGAAGCUGCCAAAGUACUCCUUGCCCAAGGACAUGCAUGUUAUCAGCACAGAUGAGAGUCAGGUGUUUGCAGCUGUUCAAGAGUGGAACCAAAACGACACAUACAAUCUGUAUAUCUCUGACACCCAAGGGGUGUAUUUCACCUUGGCCUUGGAAAACGUCAAGAGUAGUCAAGGACUGGAAGGGAAUGUGAUGAUUGACCUCUAUGAGGUAGCAGGGAUAAAGGGAAUGUUCUUGGCUAACAAGAAGAUUGACAACCAAGUGAAAACUUUCAUCACCUACAAUAAAGGCAGAGACUGGAGUUUGUUGCAGGCUCCGGACACUGAUCUAAGAGGAAACCCUGUUCACUGUCUCCUACCCUAUUGCUCCCUUCAUCUUCAUCUGAAGGUCUCAGAGAAUCCCUAUACCUCAGGAAACAUCGCCAGUCGAGACACUGCCCCCAGCAUUAUUGUAGCAUCAGGCAAUAUAGGCUCUGAACUGUCAGAUGAUGACAUCAGCAUGUUUAUUUCUGCAGAUGCUGGGAACACAUGGAGACAGAUAUUUGAGGAGGAGCACAGUGUUCUGUACCUGGAUCAAGGUGGAGUACUGGUUGCCAUAAAACACACAUCUCUGCCUAUCAGACAUCUCUGGUUAAGUUUUGAUGAAGGGAAAUCUUGGAGCAAGUACAGUUUCACAUCCCUCCCACUGUUUGUAGAUGGAGUUUUAGGGGAACCUGGAGAGGAAACUCUCAUCAUGACAGUGUUUGGACAUUUCAGCCACCGCUCAGAGUGGCAGCUAGUAAAAAUUGACUACAAGUCCAUUUUUGAUCGGAGGUGUGCAGAAGAAGACUACAGACCUUGGCAACUCCACAGCCAGGGAGAAGCUUGCAUCAUGGGAGCAAAGAGGAUCUACAGGAAACGCAAGUCAGAGAAGAAAUGCAUGCAAGGAAAAUAUGCAGGGGCUAUGACCUCAGAGCCCUGUGUGUGCACAGAGGCAGACUUUGACUGUGAUUAUGGAUAUGAACGUCACAGCAAUGGGCAGUGUUUACCAGCGUUUUGGUAUAAUCCAUCUUCCUUGUCAAAAGAGUGCAGCGUUGGACAGAGUUAUCUCAACAGCACUGGGUACCGGAAAGUUGUUUCAAAUAACUGCACAGAUGGUGUGAGAGAACAGUACACGGCAAAACCACAGCAAUGUCCUGGCAAAGCCCCCCAGGGGCUUCGCAUAAUCACCACUGAUGGCAAACUGACAGCUGAGCAAGGGCACAACGUCACUUUCCUGGUGCAGCUGGAAGAGGGAGACCUUCAGAGAUCCCUCAUUCAGGUGGAUUUUGGAGAUGGCAUCGCUGUUUCAUAUGCUAAUCUCAGCUCAACAGAAGAUGGGAUCAAGCACAUUUAUCAAAAUGUGGGCAUAUUCCGAGUGACCGUGCUGGUGGAAAACAGCCUGGGAUCUGACAAUGCUGUCCUCUACCUGCAUGUAACGUGUCCCUUGGAACACGUUCACUUAUCUCUCCCAUUUGUCACCACAAAGAACAAGGAGGUCAAUGCCACGGCAGUACUGUGGCCAAGUCAAGUGGGAACACUUACUUAUGUCUGGUGGUUUGGAAACAACACGGAGCCACUGAUCACUUUGGAAGGGAGCAUCACAUUCACAUUUUCUGUAGAAGGGAUGAACACCAUCACUGUUCAGGUCUCAGCAGGAAACAUCAUUCUUCAGGACACAAAGACCAUUGCUGUGUAUGAGCAAUUUCAGUCCCUGCGGUUAUCAUUCUCCCCAAACCUGGACGACUACAAUCCAGAUAUCCCAGAGUGGAGGAGGGACAUCAGUAGAGUAGUCAAGAGAGCCCUGGUGGAGGCAACAGGUAUUUCAAGCAAGCAUAUUCUAGUCGCAGUGCUCCCGGGUCUGCCCACAUCUGCUGAACUCUUCAUUUUACCUUAUCAAGAUUCCCCAGCAGAAAAUAAAAGAAAAACAGAAGACUUAGAACAGAUUUCAGAAAUACUGGUCCAGAAACUGAAGCAAAACUUUGUCCAUUUUGAUUUGAAGCCAGGGGUUCGAAUUCUUGUGCAUGCUGCCCAUUUAACAGCAGCUCCUCUGGUGGACCCGACUCCCAGUCAUAGUGGUUCAGCUAUGCUGAUGCUCCUCUCUGUCGUUUUUGUGGGACUAGCUGUGUUUGUAAUCUACAAAUUCAAAAGGAAGAUUCCUGGCCUUAAUAUAUAUGCACAGAUGCAGAAUGAAAAAGAUCAAGAGAUGAUCAGUCCAGUCAGUCAGAGGGAAAGCAUACCUAAUGUCCCUCAAAGUGAGCUGAUGAGCCCUGAGCAACUAGUAGAUGAGAAGUUGGAUGUCCAGCCCAUAGAGCAACCCCAGGCCACAGUCCAGAACCCAAGGAAAGGAAAUGCAACCAAGGUAGUCUGGACAGAGGACUUCCAAAAGGCUUGUGGAUCACCAAGAGGUUUCAAGCCAAGACCCGGAGCGGAAGUAUUUCCACAGCUGCUGAGCCUCAGAGCACAAAAGAAAUCCCUACCUAUGUAAAUGGUUGAAUUGAGGACACCGAUAUAUAUAUAUAUAUAUUGAAAAAAAAAGAGGAGAGCUCAUUGCAUUUGGACUUUUUAAUUCUUCAGAUGACAAGGGUUUUUAGCUUUAAGCCUGUGCAUGUGGACAUUAUACUGACACCAUAGCGGAACUGCAUUGUACAGGUGUAAAAUUUUAGUGGGGGGUGGGGGGAGAGGAACCGAUAUCACUAUAUACCCCUGCAGCCCUUACCUUCACCCCUCCAUUCUCUUUUUUUUCUGAUCUGUCUCUAAUUUGUAGAAAAUUCAUAAUGAUAUAGGCCAAGAAUAUGCAUGGGGGUCUCUUGUUUAGGGAGAUGGGUGGGCUGGGAUGUGGGGGAGAAGGGCUGGGGAGGUGGGAGGGAGCAUUUAGGGUUCUUGGCUUUAGAUUUAACUGCUCUUUUAGCACUUUGGGCUGCGGGAAGGCUAGCUGCCCCAGUAGCCUUUCAUAGGUCACACACACAAGAAAUCACACUGGAGUUUAAAGGCACUGAAAAUCUUGGGUCAGUCUGGUUUAUGUCUUCAUUUGGACUCUGCCCUUCAUUCCUCUAGCUGCAACUGCUGCUCACACCCCAUGGCUGCAUGGAAGCUGGGUGUGAGCAUGGAUGAUCCCACCUGCAAAGCCAGGCUCUUUACUAAAUGGCUUUUUAGCCUAUUCACACCAAGGCACCCCUUUGACAGUACUGCUCAGAAGUAACUUUCUGCCCCCUAACCUUGGACUGAACAGAAUAAGGAUGCAUUACAGACAAGGAGGUCUGUCCAAACUGUACGUUUAGGAGCUUAUUCCCACUGUACUUUUAGGAGGUUAUUGCCAGCAUGAUCUUACACCUUACUUUAUACCAGCCUUACACUUCGAAUUUGGGCUAAGAGAAAGCCUAAUAACACCCUCAGCUGCUUUUAGUGUUGAUCUAUGGAGUUGUCUGGGGAAGUCCCAUGAGAUCUCUGCCUUUUGGAAGUCACCCCAAGGUCUGACAUUAUUUUUGAAAGACACCUUGUCAAUAUAACAGGGAGCAGGGAACAGCCCAUGUGCAGUUUCUCAUGGCCUUCUUGACAAACCCCCUUGGCUGCAGAUCUGCAAACUACUGCCAUUCUGGGUGGAGGAGGCGAGAAUAAAGUAGGAUUUGGUUUGAGAUUGUUCCCAUGCAUUUUGAGCCCCAGCACUACAGAAUUGCUCUUGUACAAGAUUUUGAGUUCUUACCAACACCAUAAGGUUGUGGCUUACACUGCAACUAGAAAUGUGACUGCAGGACGUGUGCGUGUAGACUAUGCAAGAGAACAGCGAGAAAGCAGGCUUAGCACACUUCAAACAAGUCUUUCCAGGACACUGUGGCUGGAGCCUCAACUGUGUCCAUCACACCUAUUGAUUUCCAACGCAACUCAGGUAAACUCAGCACCAGGAUUUUGUUUUGAAGUGCAAAGAGAGAAAGACAGUAACCAAUAUACAUUUACUUAAAUAUGUUAGGUGAAAGCAAAUACCAGCUGGUUCACAAUCAAUGCAGCACACUUAGGGGGCACCCUGAUUCCUGAAGCAAGUGAGUUUUGUUCAAUAAACUUUGCACAUGGCAACCUGCAUCAAAAACAGGACAAAGCAGCAUUACUAGCAUAGUCUGGAGUCCUGGGGCUGGGAGAAGAUGGUUUUGAAAAUUUCUCUGUCACAAAUUAGGCAUAAGCCCCAACCAAACUGCUUGAUGGCAAAGGAAAAAAAAAAAAAAAAAAGGUGAUACCAAAUAUAAGAGCAUUAGAUGUACAGUAGUCAAAGGAUAAUCACAGUAUGGAGUCCUCUGCCUCUUUCUGGAGUUUCUCUGCAGACAGGUAGAAACGCAACAGUUUGUAUGGCUUUGCUAUUGUGUUUGCAACUACAGCUUUAAGAAUGAUGGAAAACUUUUAGCAGAAACUGUAUAAUAUUCCCCACUUAGGUCCAACAUUAGCCAACUUAUUUUUAUAGUAAGCCAAUCAAAAAGUUUUCUUAUAGUGUUGGAACUAUUUCUAAUUUUAAAAUUACUUUUUUGAUGUACUUUUUCAUCUUCUUUUUCCCCUUUCGUUAAAUACAAUGUAGCCUACUGUAUAAUUGCUAUUGUUUAUUGCUUUUACAGUCAUAUUUAUUAAACAGAUUAUGUCUCUAAAUGAA